AUGCCCGUACUCUUCUGCGUCACCUUCCGCUCCUUUGUUGCCUUGCACUCCACGCCCCAUCCCAUGAGCAUCUCCUCCCAAACUUCCACCAUAUCGAACACCGAGAAGCCAUCAGACCACCGGUUUGAGCGAUCCGGGCUCGGUUGGCAUCCACCGAGUUGGGAGCAGCAGAUCCGAAAUGUUUCUGUGCCAGGACAAACGACUAACGGGGAAUGUACGAAAACAACAUGGUCAAGGGAGUUACAGGAUGAACUAUGCAUGAAUACCAAAGCGGCGUGCCGAUUCGAAGACUAA